GAAAAUAGGCGGGGCAAUAAGUUAGUUUGGGCCUAGGUGUAACUUAUCCAAUUUACUGCGUAAUUUCCUAAUCUUCCUCAUUAUUUUCCUCCUGUUUUAGGUGGUUAAAAAGUGCAAAAUCACAAUCAGACCCCUCACUCGCAAAUCACAAAGAUGGAGAUCAGAGAAGAAUUAUCAUCAACAAAAGCAGUUCUUGUUGGAGCUUUAGCUCCAGGAGUCAACAUCUGGUCCUACUUGGAAUACGCUAAAGGUUGCAUUUUUAAUGCUGGUAGUGAGUCUUGCUUGGCUUUUUCCUCAAGUGACUUCUCUUUGACUCUCCAUGUUGCUUUCCUCGUUCUACUUCUUGAGCAGGGACAUGUCAAAGACGUCCGUUCAAUCUGCUGGGAUAUGAGUGGAUAUGUCCUGGCAUCCGUGAGCGAGGAUAGUGCACGAAUAUGGUCUGUUAGUGAAGGAUUGUGUAUGCAUGUACUGUACUCCAGUGGCAAUAAGUUCCAGUCGUGCACUUUCCACCCUGGGAUCGGUCAUGUGUUGGUGAUUGGUUCUGAUGAGUUCCUGGAGCUGUGGAAUCCAAUCUUCCAAAGAAACAUUACAUGGCCAUAUAGUGCACAUGCUGGUAUAAUUUCUUCAUUAGCAGAUUCACAAUCGAAAGGAAUCAUAGCUUCAGUAAGUCAUGACCAGUGGAUCAAGAUAUGGCGAUGACGCUUCUUUGUGGAUCAAGAUAUAAAGUCGUUCUUUCUUCUUUAUCUUAUCCAAAUUACAUCGAUAUCUGAAUGAAACCACAGGUGCAUACACCCUUUAGCUAACAACUACAAGGGUGCAUUUGGGACCAAGGAAGGUGACAAUAUUCUUAGCGCGUCACCAAUGUAAUGCAUUAUCCGAAAGGUUGUACUAGUCACAAACUUUGACCAUUUUUUCAAACUCCUCUACUCUAUUUUAUCAUUUUGAGGUUGA